AUGACAAAUCAUCUAAAACAAUCGAAUAUUCUUCUUUGUGGAUCAGCACGUGUUGGUAAAAGUACUUUGAUCAAUGCAAUCUGUCAACAAAAAUUAGCCAAAUCAACGGCAAGUUUGAAUUCAGUGACCAAGUCGGUUACCACAUAUUCAUAUGAAUGUUCAAAUGGUCAAUCAACUCAUAAAACGAUUAUUUGGGAUACACCUGGUAUUGAAUCAUGGAAUGAAAAUGAUGUUCGCAGUUACCUCGCAUCAUUGAUUGAACAAGCUCAACCACUAUGCAUGAUUUAUUGUGCUUCACCAGGUUCGUUUGCCAUAUUAGAUCAUAUUCAAUGGUUACUUCAUGAAUGUUCUCGUAAAAAUAUCUUCUGUGCUCUUGUUUGUACAAAUAUGUGGACUGGAAGAUAUCGACAAGAGGUUGUCAAUGAAUUUUGUAGACUUUUGAGUCUUGUUCAUCCAAACAUUCAUCCCACAACGGAAGGUAAUAUCACCUAUUAUGAUAAAGUUGCUCUCGUCACAAUGGUUAAUAGUCAAGAAUAUGUUGAUGAAGAUUUUAGUGUGAAGAAACCUCCAUCAGGUGUGGAAGAAUUGAUUUUUGGUAUUGGUCAGUGUCUUAAUCGAGAUCUUAUGUUUGCAUGGUUUCGAAGUGUUUCUCAAAACUUUUCCUUUUGGUCAACCAUGUCAUCGAAAUUGAGCAAUUUACUGAAUGUUCCUACUGAAGCUUUUUAUUCUCUGUAUGAAAAUACUGUAAAUUUACUUACCUUUCUAUUUGACUUAUCUGAUUCUUCUAUCCAAGACACGGUUGAAUCGAAUUAA